GGCUAUGGCUUUGCAUGAGUAUAGACCCUGCUACUGGUACCACCAGAUUCAGUGGAAACCCAUGUUCGAGGAGGGGCCUUGGAUCACGGCUAUACUUAACUACGACGGGGGAGAUGAGAUGAGACUGAGGAUCAACGUGGAAGGAGGAAAAGAUGUGGAGAUGCGGACUAAUGGGAAGCUGCAGGAUGCUAUCAUGGAGACGAAAGAUCGUGUGGAAAGGUGUUGCCGGAGGGACGGCGUGACGGCGAUAAUGCAUGUAACGCAGUCGUAUCAUGAGACCGAGACCUCCAUGGACACGACGGACCUGGAAGAAGCCCACGUGGACAGGGACUCAGGUGGGGAGAGCGAAAUGAGUGAAGCAGGAGAUCGGGAAACAGACCUCAGAUCCUGGAAUAAACCAGGCGAGAUCCAGAGGCACCACCGGGCUGUGAAACCGGUGGAAGAGGGACCCGAGGCAAGCUCGCGACAACUGACACCAAGGGGUCGCGGGACGGGACAUGUGAUGACAAAGACAAUCUUGGUCUCUAUGCGAAAUUACACUAAGCCUGAUUUCAAGAUUAUGGAAGAGAAGAAGGAAGAGGAGGGAAAACAUAAAACAGAAGAGAAUGUGAAGGACAAAGAGAAAGAGGAGAAGAAAGAGAAAAAGGAAGAGGAGAAAGACUAUAAGAAAGAAAAGGAAGAGAAGGAAGAAAACCACAAGGAGGAGAAGGAGAAUGACGAGGAGAAAAAACACGAGGAAUGAGAUGGAGGAAUGAUGAAUCACAACAAUAAGGAUGGUUUCAUGGGGAAAGGGAUAUUAUGACGAGUUGCUGCUAGUUUGGCAACCUGCGUGCUUGCCCCUUAACCAA